CCAAAAUGGACGACCAAAGUUUUUAAAGAUAUAUAUAGGAAAAUUCUUUAAAAAUCAUUUUCUAAAAAAUAGCAAAUCCAUGAUUGGUCAUGGGACUACUUUUGGAUUUAAACUUUACAAUAAAAAGCCAUUUUCUACUUUUUCCUACCCUUAGUGCUCAGGUGAGCGAUGUGGCCCAUGGGCCUCUUGUUAUUUUUAGCUUAUGGAAAAUGUCCUUAAGUAGAGGGCGAAAAAAGAGGAAGGAAAGUGGACUGAGAAGAAUAUUUGAGCGUUCAGUAAAGGAACUCAAGACAGAGGCACACACUGAGGAAGAGGAAUGGCCCUCUCUGCCUCCAGCCUCCCAAACUUCACAUCCUGCUGCUGACUUCUUACAACAGGGCAGUAAAACAACAGAUGAUACGAGCAAGGAUAGGCAAUGGGAGGAGGAGAAGUCUGUCCCAGAAAUGGCCAAAGAUACAAAAGUGUACGGUGCAUCGGAAGAUGAACCACAGACAGAAGACAGUAAGAAGAAGAGUGAGAGAAACAAUGAAUUACAGCAAAAAGAUAAUGUCUUAACUUCUAGACAAAAAGAACAUAAUACUGAUUUCCCAGCAGUAGAAGAGAAAGAAAACACACGUGACAGUCAGGGUAGAAAGACAUUAUCAAAGAUCAGUGAUAAAUGGGAAAGGGAAAAGCCAGGAGGAUCCAGAGAGAGUCGACAUACAUUAAAGGAAAACACAGUAAGAAGGAUAAAGGAGGAGACAAAGAGGAGUAGAAGCAAUGAAUUACGGAAUAAAAGGGACACUAGCAGCACAUCUAGGGCAAGUGGGAGUAGAGGCCCAGUUAACAGGAGGAGAGAUUCUGAUGGCAGAGGCCGGAGAGAGAGGGAGAGACGUAAGGCUAGAGAGCGAAGGCUAAGCAGAUCUAGUGGGAGAAGAAAAGAAGCUAAAGUUGUUAGGCCAGAAACUUCCAGAUUAUCAAAAACUGAGAGUGAAGAUGAUACAAGGAAUCGGAGAGAUCAGCAGGAAUGUGGUGUUGUGGAGGAUUGGAUGAAUGACCUUCUUGAUGUUCCUUAUCUAGAUCCAACAGAAAUUAUAAUUCCAACAGAAAAAGUUUUGCAGGACAGUAGAUCAUAUAGAAAAAGGUUCCAAAACAAUAGAAAAAAAGCAUCAAACUUAACAUUUCAUGAGAAAAGGGAUCAGUUAGAAAGUAUACAGGUGUCUGGAAAUUCCAUGGAUGACAGAAGCAAUCUUGACAAUUAUAAAGAACAGAUUUCUGAAAUGGCAGUUGAAAUCAGUACUACUGAUAAUAAUGGAAGUCAGGGUUCUGGAUUAGUUUUACAAUUCGAAGAAGAGUGGGAAUGUCAAGAAAUACCAAGUGAAACAAUAAAGAUGGAGGAGGACAAAUUUCUAUCUACAGUAAACACUGACCUAGAAUUGACUGAAAGUGUGAUAGAAACUAUUGUAGAAGAAAGAGUUACCUUAAACAAGGAGACAAAUGCUCUAGAAAAAAGUAACCCAACUUGUGAUUUGCAUAAGAUUGAGACAGAAGACAGUGAUGAACUAUUAGGAAAUACCAAAGAUCAACCAGAGAUAAGAGAAACAGAUCAGACAUUGGAGAAAAACAGUCGAGGACAACUGUCUUCACACACAGAAAGUGAUGAUAGGCUUUGUGCAAUGGUCAGUAAAGAUACACAAGGCAAGGAGAAUGAUUUUACUAAAGAUGGAGAUUGCAAGAAUAUCAGUAAAAUAGACACAACUAAUAAUGCAGGAGAAAUCUCCAAAGAAGACCAAAAUAAACAAUGCGAAGAGGAGUGCAACAGGGAAUCCAGUGAUAGCCUAUCUUCAUCUGUGAGCUCUAAACCAGUGAUGUCCUCUGUUGAGGAUUGGAGCAGUGAGUAUCUAGAUAGUGAAGAACACUCCGACACUUACCACAAAAUUGUGCAGGAUAAAAUUGUCGCCCUAAAAAGCAGGAUACCUAUGAAAAUGAGUACUAGUCAAAGAGGGCCAGAAAGAGACCUUGGAUGUAGAGGUAGACACAGACAGAGGGAUAGCCCUUUUCAGUCAUAUCUAAAGACAAUUCACUUUGAGGAUGGAACAAACAUUGAUCAAAGUAAUAAUGCAGACAACUGUGCUAUUAUUGGUGCAGAGUUUAAUAAAGAGUAUGUACAAACAACAGAAAAGGAAAAGACCAUAGCUCCAACUAGAGAGAAUUUCCUCGCAAAUAAAAUGGAGGAAGAUCAUCCUUCAGUGUGCACCAAAAAAAAUUCUGGAGGAGAGAGUAAGUGGCCCAGUCGACCUCCAGGGUUCAUUAUUAGUCUUCCUUCUCAUUCUCUGGAUGAUAUUGAACAAGUGAAACCAUCACCAGCUACCAUAUUCCAUAAAAAUAUCCAAAAUACUGUGGAAACAUUGGAGAAAUGUGAAAAGCUGUAUGGUAGUAUUUCAAAGGAACACAAGGGAGAGAGCAGGGUAGAAGUGUCUAGUUUGUCAGCUACUUUCCAAGGGCUGGAUCUGGACUCCACUUUUGAGGAGAAAAGGGUUAUUAAAGACUUCAAGAAUUCAGACGAACUUACAAGUAAUGGAGAAAACUGGGAAAACAGUCUGUAUGAUGUGGAUACCAUGGAUUUGCAUGUGUCAAGAAAAGAAAUGUCAGAUGUAGCAGUUGUUCCUGACGUCAACGUGGGAAAUUUGGGUAAAAAGUCUGUUGUGGAGCAUUGUGUUCCAGAAGACCAAGAAGCCCUGGAUUCUAGUGUGGAGAGCUGUAGUUUUCCACAUUUCUCCAACAGGAUUUGUGAUUCUCAGAACACACUUAAUGGAAUACCAACACUCUCAGAAUAUGAGAAUAGUGUGAAGGAAGAGGACCUGGCGUCUCAAUACGAAGACUCUCUAGAGGAUAUAGCACAUCAGAGUCCUCCUCAGAGAGAGUUUAUUCCUAACGAGGAAAGCUCAUCCAGCUGCAGUAAAAGCAGCAGACAGAACUAUGAACAUUUCCAAAGGGCACCUGCCAGACAUGAGGAGAGGAGAUUGGAGAAUAGAAAGAAAGCAUUGGAGAGGAGGAAGGAUGCCAGAUAUGGAUUGAAAUGUCAUUGCCCUGCCGACUGUGUUCAGUUCUGGGUGUGGAGAAGCUGCCUAUGUCAGGAUCCAUACUUGUACAGCAUACAGAGUGGCACUGAUGGACAUCCAGCCAAAAAUGUCAUCUCCCAUGGUCCAUAUGAGGAAGAAAGGAGGCCUAGAUCUAAUUCCCUGUCUAUUACACCAGACGAAUCAGGAAAAGUUUUGGAGGAAGAUAUUGAUAGCAGACAAGCUUUACAACAGAAAGAAAAUGCUAUCAGAAGAAGAGACUUGAGCAGUGAUAGCUUAUUUUCUCCCCACAGUCCAAGAGAACUAGGAAUUUUAAGGACUGUAGCAAGAUCAGGGAGAGAACAAGAUGAAUGUAGCGGUCUUGAUCAGAAUAACAGCAGUAAUGGAGCUGAGGACGAGAGUCUGGAACUUUCUGACGAAGACUCCGGUGACAGGUGCUCAGCAGACAGUCCAACCAGUGAAGAUGCAGACAUCCCAGAAUACAGCGCGGAAAGAGAACAAGAAAACUCUGUACCUUACCAGUACUUGGCUUCCUAUCCUCCUGUUAUGAACUACAUGGGUUACCCCCCAGGCUACAGCUUCUACUCUCCAUAUCCUGCAGCUUACCCCGGGGCACAGGCAGCUCUGGGAAGGAGGUAUCCGGGCCCAUACCCAGAGCCUUAUGAUCCUUACCCCCCUGCUUACCUGAGUGGCAGAUACAGCAGACAGCAAUGUGUGGAUGGACAGCUUUAUCCUGAUCAUCCAGGAUAUCUACCAGCAAUGUUCUACCCUCACUUUAUGAUGGUGGAUGGAUGGAGGGAAGCGAGUUUACAUCAUGGUGAACCUCACCUUGGUUUUAUUCCUAGAUACGUCUAUCCAUCAUCACAUGAAGGUCAUGAGAGUUCUACAGGAAGGUGCAGAAGGGAGUCAGAAUCUCAUGCAUCUAGUAGUAGAGAAGUAGGACAUGGUAGCAUAGCAGAAGAUGCUGGACAUCACCACAACAUUGUUGAUUGUCAUCAUAAUCUCAAGAAAAAGCCUAAAGAUACAGCUGGUAGAGGUGUGAGUAAAGUCAGCUCCAUCCUCACUGAAGAAUUACCCAGUAAGAAUGUGUACAUUCCUCCUCAUAAGAGAGUCCCAAAUGUGCACGGGCAGUAUGUAGCCAGGGAAAACAGACCUACUAACAAUAAAGACAUUAGCCCCCCAUCCAGCCACUUGUAUCAAAAUUGUAAAGAGACACCCAGAACCUGGAGAGAAGAAAGGAGUCACCUGGAUGGGUCAUUAGAUAUAGGAAGUAGUGAAGUGUCAUACUGGAGAACGCAACAAAAUAGGAUGCUCUCAUGUCCCACAACCUUAGAGCAUAAUUCUAAUGCACACAACAUUAAAAAGUCAUUUGCUUCUAUGCACUAUGAAUUACACCAACAGCAAGAUGGCCAGGGACAACAUACUUUAACAGAACUGAGUCAGAGUGGCAAUGCUUCAGAGGAUGAGCCUUCAGGGUGUGAUUUAUUUCUGGCAUCCAGCUCGGAAGAUUCAACCCCCACCUCUAGGCCCUACAGGUUUAACGAUCAGAAGCAGACCAUGGACAGAUACCCGGACACUGGUACACUGGACUGGAGAUCAGCCCUGCUGGAGAGAUGUAACGUCUAUGGUGUGGGCUACAUAGAUUCACACUGUCACAUCGACUUUCUCUUCAACAGGCUUGAUUUCAAGGGCAGAUGGUCGGAUUUUCAAGUGCAGAACAUGAAAACGUUCCCUUCAAGUUACCUUGGAUGUGUAGCAGUUUUCUGUAAUCCAAACAGUUUUAAACAAGAGGGACUCUGGAGGAGUUUAAGUAAAGAGGAAAAUGUUUGGUUAACAUUUGGAUGUCAUCCGAAAAAUGCACGCGACUUCACCAAAUGGAAUUUGGAAGGCUUGAGAAAGUGUCUGCUAAAUAGCCGAGUAGUGGCAUUGGGGGAAAUAGGCUUGGAUUACUCUGGAGUAUUUGUUGAGACCAAAGAGCUCCAGAAAUCGGUAUUUAAGAAGCAGAUCAGGAUGGCACUGGACAUGAGGAAACCCCUGGUCAUCCACUGUAGGGAAGCAGAAGAGGAUUGUCUGGACAUCCUCAAACAGAUGGUACCUAGACUCUACAAAAUCCACUGUCAUUGUUUCACUGGAGAUUUCACAUCUGCCAAACUUUGGUUGGAUUACUUCCCCAAUCUGUACAUUGGCCUUACCCCCCUGGUAACAUACAGAACAGCCAAGGGAGCACGUGAUGUGGCCAAGUUCAUCCCUCUUAAAAGGUUACUGCUAGAGAGUGAUGCACCUUACUUUGUCCCAAGAACAAUUCCAAAGGAGUCCAUGAAUUAUUCUCACCCAGGGCUGUGUGUCACAGUGGCAGAGGAAGUGGCUCGACUUAAAAACAUCUCGGUACAGGAAGUUCUUAAAGCCUGCCUAGAGAACACUAGAGACAUGUACAAAAUCUAACUCGACAAAUUAGUGAACAGCAACUAGAAAUAAAGAACAGUCAAUUAAAAGCAAAUAAGACACACUGGAUGGAUUCAUUGUUAGGCAGAUCAAGUGAAGUUUGUUCUAUCCUUGUAUAUGUUGAAUUCUCCAUCAGAUUAAGUAAUAAAAUCUAGGUAUGUUUUAAGAAGUG